GGCGAGAGCCGGGCGGGGGUGCAGCGGGGACGCAACCUCCGCAGCGAGGGCCGGAAAUCGCAAUGUGAGUGCGCCGGGCCACCGGGGGAGAAGGACGAAGAGGUCCGAGGUGGAAACCAGGAAGUGGGAGCCGGGCUGCAGCGCUUGCUCAGUGUGCAUCUUGGUUAACCGCGCCGUGCGAGGCUCUCAAAGCCUGAGAAGCAGGGGCAGGGAGCGCAGCGAGAAGCCGGCGACUGGUCCCGCUUUCUGCCCAGCCUCGAUGGGCCCUUUCCCCUCCGGGGUGUGAAUAAACUGCGGAAGCCACUGGGUCCCCAGCCAACAGGUGCUGGAACCACUGAGCUAAAUCCCCGGCUCUAAGAGCCCUUAAACAGAAUGUGCUGCUCACCACCCCACAUGAACACACAUGUGCAGAAUAGGACCCACCCCAGGGCCAUGCGGAUACCAGACAGCUUUAGGACCCUGUGGCUCCUCAAGAAGUUGGGGCUGAUCCUAGGACUCUGCCUGGGCGUUGUGCUCAUUGUGUCCAGAAGCGCCUUGCUUGAAUCAGUGCUGCCCAGCCUCAAGCUAAAGAGCCCACUGCUGCCCACACCAGAGGUCCCCACGCUUAGCCUCCUACCCCAGCAGCAGCUCCGAGGCCUCUUCUCCCGGGACAAGCUCUGGCUGUUCCCUAAAAACCAAUGCACAUGUGAAAACGCCCAGAGCCAAGGAGGAUACAACUUCCGGAAGGCCUACAAGGAAAGCGAUCUUCUGGGGGUGGAUGCCAGGAGACACGCCGAGUACAAGCACUUCCAGAGGAGAGAGGGGCUGCCGCAGCCCCUGCCCCUGCUGGCCCAGCCCAACCUGCCCUUCGGGUACCCGGUGCACGGCGUGGUGGUGAUGCCGCUGAACACAAUCCCCAUCCCAGGUCUCCGGUUUGAAGGGCCCGAUGUCCCGGUCUAUGAGGUCAACCUGACGGCCACUCUGGGGACACUGAACACCCUCGCCGAUGUCCCGGACAGUGUGGUGCAGGGCAGGGCCCAGAAGCGGCUGACCAUUUCCACCAGUAACCGCCAGCUGCUGAACUUCGUCCUGCAGCACGUGACCUACACGAGCACCGGCUACCAGCACAACCGUGUGGACGUGGUGAGCUUGGAGUCGGGGUCUGCAGUGGCCAAGUUCCCCAUCAGCAUCCGUUACCCUGUCAUCCCCAAGCUGUACGACCCGGGCCCAGAGAGGAAGCUCCGGAACCUGGUGACCAUUGCCACCAAGACUUUCCUGCGCCCCCACAAGCUGAAGACCUUGCUGCAGAGCAUCCGGAAGUUCUACCCAGACUUGACGGUGAUCGUGGCGGACGACAGCGAAAAGCCCGUGAAGAUCGAUGACGAACUCGUGGAGCAUUACAUCAUGCCCUUCGGGAAGGGCUGGUUUGCGGGACGGAACCUGGCCAUCUCUCAGGUCACCACCAAGUACGUCCUCUGGGUGGAUGACGAUUUCGUCUUCAUCCCCAAGAGCAAGAUUGAGACUCUGGUCGAGGUCCUGGAGAACACGGAGCUGGACGUGGUGGGCGGCAGCGUGCAGGGAAACACAUUCCAGUUCAAGCUGUUCCUGGAGCAGAGCGAAGCCGGGGACUGUCUUCACCGGAGGCCCGGGUCCUUCCAGCGCCUGGACGGCUUUCCCAGCUGCGUGGUGACCAGCGGGGUGGUCAACUUCUUCCUGGCCCACACUGAGAGGCUGCAGAGGGUCGGCUUCGAUCCCCGCCUGCAGCGGGUGGCUCACUUAGAGUUUUUCAUAGACGGGCUGGGCAGCCUACUGGUGGGCUCCUGCCCAGAGGUGGUCAUGGGUCACCAGUCCCGCGCACCGCCGACAGACAAGGAGCUGGCCAUGCUGGAGAAGAACUACAGCAUCUACCGAGAAAACACCAAGGCGCAGAUCCAGUUCAAGCUGGCGCUGCACUACUUCAAGAACCAUUUCCAGUGUUCCACAUAAAGCUCGGGGCUGAUUGGCUGCGGGCAUCUAGAAAGGUGGAACUGGCAAUGCAGCCUACCAAUGAGAACUCUUACCGGUGGAGGGCAGGGCAAGUAGAUGAGCCAAUCAACGUUUAAGGGUCAUUAGGAAUGGACCAAUCAUUGAUCAGGGCAGUGGGGACCUUAUAAAUCACAAGCAUUAAGAGUUCUGGAGCCUUCUUUCUGAAGUUCUGCGUUUUGAUUCAGCCACUUCGUCUGAUCUCAGCAGAAGGACGCGUUGGCUGCUGGUGCCUUGAGACUCCGGUGGAAAUCAUAUGGCCACCAGAGACAUCAGCGUCACUAACGUCCGCACGUUUUCAUUUGGUUCUCUCUGGUGGACUCAAAAAACUGAAAAACCAGGGUCUUUGCCUUGAGGAGCGGCAGCUGGGCCAGGCCUCAGUGGUGACAGGUAGUGGACAUCCGGUGGGAUGAGGGUCGGGGAGCGGCGGCGAGGCCAUGGGUCCCCGCGGGUGUGGGUACAUCAGGUAGGGCAACUGGGGGUCUAUGGGAUGCAGUUAAAGCACAGCUAAAGUCAAUAAGGGGUCUGAGGAGUUCCUGAGCACACACGCACACACACACACACAAAAACCCAACUGGGAGCCGGCCGCGGGGCCUCACAACUGUAAUCCCAGCCCUCUGGGAGGCUGAGGCAGGAGGAUCUCAAUUUCAAGCCCAGCCCGUGCAUGUAGUGACCUUGUUAGACCCUGUUUCAAAAUAAAAUAUUUUAAAAGGGCUGUGGAUGUAGCUC